GUUCGGUUUGCGUCAGACCAAAAUUAUCCAUUUGGAAAGGACUUGACUAAACUCCAUCGUCCCUUUCCACUUUCUCACCGUUAAUUAUUUACUUUUUUCCUUGUUUCUUUUUCCCUUCACUUCGCUCUUGUAAAUCAUCAAUCGGAAAGACGCGUAAGAAUUAAUCACCAUGCAAGCUCCUACUCCUCCUCCGGGAGCUAUCCCAAUACCAGUGGGCCCUGGAGGCCAGAUGCCAUCGCCUCAGCAGAUUGCCGCCAUGCAACAACAAAUUGCAGCUGAAGCCCAGAAACAUGGCAUGACCGUUCCUCAAUUCAUCGAGAACAUCAAAGCACAACGUUUAGCACAGUUGCAGCAAGCUCAGAGACAAGCGCAGCUGCAGCAACAACAGCAAGGCCAAGGUGGCCAAGCUCAGCAGCAAGGAGGGCAGCAGCAGCAGCAGCAGGGACAACAAGGACCUCAGGGACCGCCACGCCCCGGUCCUCCUCCGGGAGCCCAAGGUCAACCUCAGCCUAUCCGUCCCGGUCCUCCCAAUCCCCUCGCAGUUACUCUUGCCAAUUUCCUGAGGGGUCAGCCUUUGAAGCCACGUACUUGUAUUAUCAAUGGAGAGCGCAAGGAUAUGUUCAGAGUCAAGCGAGCACUCCGAGCUCUCCAAUCACCCGCCUAUGCGAAGCUCCGCGCUAAGAACCCUGGACUUCCCGAAAUCACUGAUCGCGCAUCGCUUGAGAACACCUUUAAACUGCUACCUAUGUCCAUGUUGGCCUUACGUGUCAGCAAGGUAGACCCCCACGCAGGGCAUGACCAUCCUCCCAAGAAAGGAAAGCGGAUUAAGGGACUUUGGACCGUCAGGAUCGAGCAGCAGCAAGAUGCCGCUGAUGACAUGUACUAUGUCUGGUUGUACGAGGGUAGCCAGAUUAUGCGCAAAGUCUACGCUGCCCUUGCAUUGGUCCUUAUCUUCAUCGUCGUCUUAUACCCGCUAUGGCCACUUGUUUUGCGACAGGGCGUCUACUACCUUAGUUGGGGUUUCUUGAUGCUUCUUGGUCUAUUCUUCCUCAUGGCUAUCUUCCGUGUCAUUCUAUUCUGCAUCACGUACUUCGUUGUACCCCCUGGUCUGUGGCUGUACCCUAACCUCUGGGAGGAUGUCUCUUUCAUGGAUAGUUUCCGCCCAGUGUGGGCUUGGCAUGAGACUACGAAGCCUAAGAAGAAGAAGAAGAGUUCCAACGCGGUCAAUGCCGAAUCCGCCGCUCAACUUGCAGGCCACACAGGCCACCCUCCUCCGGCGACCGCAACCACCACCGCGACAACUACUCAAGUCCAGACUGCUCCGCAGCAGCGAGCAUAUGUAGCUCCCAGAGUCGAGGAGCUUGCCGACGAUGAAUAAGCAUGAUUGCUGUAGCAUAUUUGCAGCGACAGGCGUUCGAGGAGUUACGUCAGUAGGGAAAAAUGGCUGUAAAAUAGGAUUGAGUUGUUAGGUACAGAUCGUUGCAUUACAUAAGUACGGAAUGGACUAUUACCAUUUUCUCUGCUUGUUGGUUCCCUUUAAUUUUUGUCUUUGCUAGUUGCUAAGGUUCUACGCCUUGUAAAAAUUAUAUUGCUUUACUCAAUGCCGUAAGAGCACCUUUUGGCAAUAUUGUAUAUCCCUGUCUUCACAGUGAACCCGUAUCGUACAAUAAAUACAUUGCUUUUACGAUA